CAUUAGGUGUUACCACAACAGCUCCAACGUGGCGUUGCGUCGGACCUUGGACGUGAAUAUUUCUCUGACCUGUUCACGUUCAACACAUCCGUGAUGCCAGAACAUCAUAAAUGGCGGGUGUGAUAGCCUUCUUUCGCGUCGUGGGCACGACGUUAUUUAAAUUAACGGUUUUUUUUUGUUCUCGAAAGAAGGCUUAAACUGGUACGUGUGUGAACUGACGUGCCAGUAUUCUGAAGUCGUAGAGCCUGGUAGCAGUGACACGGAGCGCCUGAAUGUGCUGUACGAGCAGAACUGGACGCGGCUGGUGCACGAGCAGCUGCGCAGGUUCGAGACGAGCGUGGUGGCCGCCACCAAGAUGGACGGCUACGACGGCAAGGACCUGCAAGACGGGGACCGCCAGUGGUCCUUCAGCGGCGCGCUGCUCUACUCCGUCACCGUCAUCACCACCAUCGGGUACGGUAACCUGUCCCCGAAGACGUCCGAGGGCAAGGUGGUGACGAUGCUGUACGCGCUGGUCGGCGUGCCGCUGAUGCUGCUGUGCCUGUCGAACCUGGGUUCGCUGCUGGCCGGCACCUUCCAGUUCGCCUACUCGCACGCGCGCUGCGAGGCGUGCGAGCGGCAGCAGCAGCAGGAGGAACAGCAGCAGCAGCAGCAGGUCGAGCAGCAGCAGAAGGCGGAGAGCCGGCAGGCGGAGAGCCGGCGGGCCGUGCCGGUGCCGGUGCCGGUGCCGGCGCCGGCGCCGCUGACCUGCACCAUCAACCCGCGGGCGCGGGGCCGCCCCAGGCCGCCGCUGGGGCCCGAGGUGCGCGCGCUGCUGGCCGAGUGCGCCGAGUACUCGCGCGCCCAGGAGGUGCUGCGCGAGCUGCGCGCCCGCGGUGAGGGCGAGCCGGAGCCGGAGGACGCCGACGUCGAGCCCAGCGUCCCGACGCACGACACGCCGUCCCGGGUGCCGCUGAUCUGGCGACCGCCAGACGACCAGCACGUCCAGAAGCGGCCGCCGACGCCGCCGCCGCGCCGCCCCAAGCCCGACGUGACGGAGCCGGCGGCGGGCGCCGCGGGGCCGGCCUGCCCCCGGCGGCGGCGGCGCGAGGCGCGGGUGCCAGUGUACAUCGUGCUGCUGGUGCUGGUGCUGUACAUCUGCCUGGGCGCCGCCGUGUUCGCCGCCUGGGAGGAGUGGAGCUUCCUGGACGGGGCCUACUUCUGCUUCAUCACGCUGUCCACCAUCGGUUUCGGCGACAUGGUGCCGGGCAAGUCCUUCCAGCGCACGGACACGCGCGACGGCCAGCUCAAGCUGGUGGCGUGCUGCGCCUACCUCAUCCUGGGGCUGGUGCUCAUCGCCAUGUCCUUCAACCUGGUGCAGGAGGAGGUGCUGGCCAAGUGCCGCCAGGCGGCGCUCUACCUAGGCAUCCUCAAGAGGACGGAGCGCCGCUGACUCGCGAGCGGCCCUUUGGAAACUAGUCGCCGAGUAACUUCUAUGUAACACUGCCCUCCGAAAUACUCGUCGCGAGUUUAUUUCACCAUGAAUCCGUGGUGUGUAUGCCGUAAUUUUUUUGGGAAAAUUUUAAAUCUGGAGGAAAUUUUACCAUACAAGGUUUCAAUACGUAUGUUUCCUACGAGUUAUCUGGUUCGUGACACCAGAUGUAAAGCUCAGUCCAGUUUAUCAAGCCUGUUACUCGGUCGAAACAGGUGUCCACACACAACUCCGCGAGCUACCCCAGGUCGACGCAGUUACCCUAGCUUAAAUCAGUGCAGUCAACAGCGCUCGCGCAAGUCGUGAGCGCUAUUUCCGUACAUUAGAAGGUUUGGUUACAGUGGGCAGUGUGACUUGGCCCGACAGGCCGAAAAUAUUAUUUCAAAGGGGGAGUCCAUAUAAGUAAACUGAAUUCCAGGGCCAGUAUGCAGGCAAUAUGGCAAAUUUUAAAUUAAGUCAUCAGCAAACACUAAGUUCGUGCCACAAAGAUCGCUUCGAGCUCAAAAGUUAAAUCAUGAUGUGAGAGUUCAAAAAAAAAAAAUAAAAAAUCUUGCUAAAUAUUGGGAGCAACAAAAUGUUCUUGUUGACUCAAUCGUAAGCGAUGAUCAGACAUUACUUGGAAGUCUGAGGCUCUCGCAGGUAGAAGGGCAAUGUCGAUGCUUGGUUGCCGUCAGCAGUCGCUCCGGCUGUGGUUAUCUCGGCGUGUGUUGUCGCACUAAGUCCACGUCACGCUCGCUGGCUCGCUCGCAACCCGCAGUCGGCACGUGAGCGCGCGCCUCCACGACAAUGGCAACAAAAUUCAAAUUUAUGGUACAUCUUAACACACUUAUGGUAUCGCUAAACUAUGUACCAUAAAGUCCAGCCCUCGGCCCAAAUACUCCCUUACUAGAUGUCAGCAAGUCGGGGUGGCGUCAGGCGCAGGCGGGUCCCUACCGCCGCGACCCGCCUAUUCAUGCAGCAUAGCAGGGUUCCGCCUGAGCCGCACGCCGCCACGUGGAGCCCGCCCAAGGCAACAAGGCCCGACGAGUUCUCUGCACCGUCCGCAUCCUUUUAGCGUCACAAUAAUGUUGCAUUAAAAUUCGGCCUUGAAAUUUUACUCCCAUCGCGCCCAAAGAAGAUUCGCUUCAAAAAUCAUUGACAUCGCCUACAAACUAAAAGACUUGGGUAAACUAAAACUGUAUAAGUAUUUUUAACGCCGAAAUCUGGUAUAUUGUCCGGGUGUAGCAUGUCUUUGACAUCGAGGUCUGUCACGGCCGGAAACGCUCGUGUGAGACUGGCCAGGGAAAACGAGGAAAGAACCAGUCAUGACCUGCGGGAAGGAACUAUCCUAUUCCAGCGUUCGCCUCGGGUGAUUUCAGGAUAACCGUGAGUGCAGUAUCUUACAACUGCGCCACCCCGCUCCCCUCACCGUGAUCAGGGGAUAUAGUCCAGUUAAGGCAUACGUUUCAUUCAGACAUCAGCAGAAGGCUGUCGAGCCCACACUAUCAGCUUGUAGUGUUGCAAGAAACCACUUGGUAACUAGUUUCCAUGGAGUAUUGUUAAUAAAAGCAGGAAGACCCUUUUUUUACCAACCAGCUACUUCGUACGUUCAGUCCCAGAAACCCUUGGGUGACGUAACAAAAACGAUCGCGCUUUUGAUUCUGAAGGUUUCGAAAGCCAAAAUGUUCAGUGCAAUGGAAGUGAACUAACACAUAGGAAACUCGAGACUUUUGCAAGUAAAAAAAAAUCUAUAGUUUGGUAUUUAUUUGAUGCUUAGAAAAUUUAUUUAUCGAAACUGAAAAAAAAAUCAAUUGAACAAUAAAAUCUUUUAUCUCUACAUCUGCCAUAGCAAUAUAUAUAAUUUUUGGUCUUUAAAUAAAUAUUCAUAAUCUCAAACAAUCUUGAGACUAUUGUUCUAGAAAUAUGAUUUUAAAACAAUGCAGGAGACUGUGAUAUCAUAACAUCCGAAUGAUUGUGUCCUAACCAUGACAUGUAACUUAAUUUUAAUGGUUUUCUCAUAUGCUUAUCGUGUACACUUACAAGGUGUAAGGUUUGUAUGAAAUUGUGUCUGUAAAAGUGAAUUUCUGGUUGCAUUAAUAAAGUAACAUUCUAA